AUGUACUGGCCUAUCGGCACUCCAAAGACCUACGCGACGAGUAGUAGUUCUGGACCCGAGUUCAACCUCGUCGUCUCUGACGAUGGCAUCACCAACCCCUUUGACCGAGCCUCAAUAAACGAGCCACCGCAACACCCAUACGUAUCCUCGACCGAACCCUGCCAUGAGAACGGGGCGCAAAAUGCACUGCCGGAACCAUCUGUCGAGUCGACGACUCCCCUAACGCCCGCAACGCCCGCAACGCCUGCAGUUCGGGCCGUGGAGCGAGGGGAUCCAGAUCAACCCGAUUCCGCAGCAUUCGCGUCAACGCAGAUAUCCGACGCUGUGAAGUUGCCCCUCAAAGAUCCUGUCCUGGGACUGCGAACUUCUCCGGAGUGGAUAGUUGUUUGCCGUCAUCAGAGCGACCUCAAUACUGUUUGUGGACAAGAAUGGCGUACGGCUAUCCUCGCCGUCGGCGGUCGAUCUGUGUCGUCCCUCAGUACCUAUGGCGAGAAUUUCGAUCUGCUUAUGCGUCCCGACUCGGCCAUCCUGGUUGUCCACACGACACAGGGCUAUCUCAUCACGUACUCCCUCGCCACAGACUCUGAGGCCCACGUUUACAAACCCUACUUCCCCAGCUAUGCCAAUAUACAAAGGCGCCGCCAAAUACACGCCGGACCUGGAGGUAGUGCACCUGACCAAUUUCUCUGGGGCCCGGGCGAGGGAGCGGGCGUUCGCGAUGUCAGCGUUCGUUUCAGGAUGGUUAUCAAGGUGGAUGCAGGAAUCGAGAGCGCACUUGCUCUCGAUGACGAACUGGUGGUGGCAACAAGGAAGCCAGCAGCUGUGCAAUGCAUCCGAUGGACUCCCGACAACAGCGGAAGCCAGACCAAGACUGAGAUGAUCAGUCGUAUGGGGUGGUUGGACAAGAAGAUCACCAUAACGGAGAUGACCCAUGACCGGCCGAUGAACCUGUCGACGUGGAUCACCAGCGAUGGCAAGGCGCAUGCUGUCCAACGUGUGUCAGCCCGAAAGUUAGCCGAGGGCGAGGCAGAUCCGAAAAAGCUCUUCAAGGGUUACUGCUUCCACUCACCUCGGGGCAAGUUCGAUCACGCUCGACGUGCUGUCAUCAAUGCAAGGUUCUCCCUUAUAGCAGUCGGCUGUGCCAAUGGCAGCAUUCAUGUAUAUUCAGCACGCGACUACGCUGGCAACAUCCCAUCGUCUCAUAUCCACACACUCCCUGUUUCCCACACUGUCUCAGGCGCCCUUACAACGCUGAGCUACUCGCCAGAUGGUUAUUGCCUCUUCGCUGGGUUCGAGAAAGGGUGGGCAACAUGGAGCGUAUAUGGCAAGCUUGGAAGCCACAGCUUCAAUUUCGAUGAUUCGGUUGCAGAGACGGCUGGCGAAGACUGGCUUUCAUCUGUCAUUGACGCUGUGUGGCUUGGAGGAGGCUCAGAGUUGUUGAUGGCAAGUCGGGACCGCGAAGCCAUAUGGGCGAUAGAAAUGGCCAGGAGUGCGGUAGCAGGGUGCUACAACUCUGCGAACCUGCUCCGCACUGUCUUACAAACGAGCACCAGUGUCAUGAUAUACCGUGGCUACGAUCUCCCCGACCUGGCCUCCAUAUCGGCAGAACCCUUCCUUUGGCACACAGCCGAAAUCCCGCCAGCAUAUCUGCUCAACCAGUGGCCAAUACGGCACACUGUCAUUUCUCCUGACGGUCGUUACGUCGCCGUGGCCGGCAGGCGUGGACUGGCACACUAUAGCGUGAACAGUGGACGGUGGAAGACCUUUUUGAAUGAGGCCGCCGAGAACGAGUUACCAAGUUAG